AUGGAAGCUUUCGUGGAGUCGGUGGACGAGGAGGACCUCCGGGGGCCUCCUCCCGCCAAGGACGCGUUCUCGCCCAUAGAUCGACGCGUAUCGGCGCCGAGCACCCCCGCGUUCAGCCCGGGAGCUUCGUUCGAGUCUCCAAAGAUGCCCACGCCCUCGGCCAAGCAGGCGCUGCUGGCGAGGCUCAACGACGUGUCCAUCCCGUCGUCGCCAUGGGGCGCGGCGACGACCCCGCCCCACUCGCCCGCGGUACUCACACCCACGAGGCAUUUCGAAUCCACCGCUGCAUCACCCGGUUGGGGACGAACCGGAGGCGGGUUCAGGAAGGUCGGAACCGAAGAUUCCAAUUCCGGAAAGGACGGCACGCUGAGGCUCAAGGAGACGAUGUCGCCAAACGCGACGGUAAAAGUGUACAGCCCGGUGCGGCAGAACCCGAUAGUGACACUGAUGCACGAUGUGGAGGCGAUGGAAAAGAAGCAGGGGGAGAUCGCGAGGAGGAGACGGGACAGGGAGGAGACGAAGCGACGGACGACGCGCGGGGAAUUCGAGGAGGAGAUCGAAAUGCCGGAUGGUCCACCGCUCGAGCCCGAAGGCUCGUACGUCCCGAGGCUACGACCCACCAGCUCCCCGUCCAUCGUCAGGGUCCGCGGGUCCAUACGCAAAGCCGAGGCGACCCCGCGCGUCAUCGACGGCAGGACCCCGACCAAGGCAUCCACCGAGUCGGCGCUGCGAACCGCGAGGGUGGUCCCCGGCAUGCACCCGGUUGGCACCGGGGCGUCGUUCCUGGAGUGGUCCACGCGCGUGCCCGGCAAGCCGACCCCGCCAAAGCCGCGCAACCCGCCGGUGCCGAAGACGAAGGACCUGAUGCGGCGACGAAAGCCGAAGAAGGUGCUGAAAAAGUCGCAGAAGAUGGCGGUCGCGCGGUGGAAGCUCGCGCGGGAGUGGGUGCUCGAGAAGGUGCGAGCGGACAAGAGGAGACAAAUCAGGCGAAACCUCGACGCCGUGCGGCAGAGGCGGGAGGACGAGAGGGCUGCCAAGGAGGCUGCCAGGGCCGCGGCGAUCAGGGCCGAGGAGGAGGAACUGGACGACGAGCUCAUGAGGCUGGAGAUGGCGACGGAUGCUUUCCAGCAGCUUUGGCUAGCCACGGCGGCGUAG